CUAACAGUCGACAAAACAAAGACAAAAGACUUGUAAUCAUGAAUCAUCUAAGCUUCUAUUCUGUUCAAAAGCAACAAAAUCGUAGAACCAGAGAUAACCGAACGUGAUAGAGAAGAAAACCGGAGAUAACCGAAAGCAAGAGAAGGGAUAUCGAUCGAUUCAAUGGCGGACAUAGCAAUUUUGGUGGCGGAGGAGUAUGAGCGUAGGGUUAAACACACGGCGGAUUCGAAAUCGCCGUCGGUGGAAUUUGAUUGGUGGAAGAUUUUUCCUGCGAAGAUGACUAUAGGAGUCAACGAGCAGAAGAUUGAGAGUUUGAUGAAGAAGUUUGAGGCUAAAUCUCAGUUUGCUGUCGCUAUCUCCCAUGGCUUCUUCUCUGCUUGAUACCACUUUGUUCAUAUGUAAUUUCGUUUCUUACUCUCUGCUUUUUGUUUGUUCAUAUGCUUUGUUUUGGGAGUUUAUGUAAAAAUGUAAAUAUGAACCGAUAUCUGAAUUAGUAAAAUGUAUUUUUCUGUUUAUUUAAUCAAACUUCGGAUAUGAUUUUCUUUCUAUCUGCGACUUUGUCUUCUCCGGCGAAUCACUGAAAGUGAAAGAUAAAGCAAAAUCUCAGGGAAUUCUCGCUCCUACGUGGAGAAAACUCAAGCGGAUGAAUCCUAAAAUUCGAAAACUUCAUCAUCAUUUUGUCGUGUUGAGAAAAUCUGGCGUAAUUUUUGCAAUUGGACCCUUAAAAUUCCGUAUUUCUCUUGAAAGAAGUAUCAUAGUUUCUUUUGUACAGAAUAAAUUCUUAAAAACAAAAUUGUAAAUCCCAUAGUUGCUUGCUUUAUCCGAAACAUUUGAGAGCUAAGGAAUGGGAAGCAGCGACGAGAUGCCAGUGGUUCUCAUCACGGGAUGCUCUCAGGGAGGAAUCGGUCACGCGCUGGCGCGUGAGUUCUCUGCGAAUGGGUGUCGAGUGGUGGCGACGAGUCGAUCGCAGAGCACGAUGGCCGAUUUGGAGAAAGAUCCGAAGUUGUUAGUGGAGGAGCUCGAUGUUCAGUCGGAGCAGAGCGUGAGUAAAGUCGUGUCGAGAGUUAUCGACAAAUUUGGUCAGAUCGAUGUUCUAGUCAACAACGCCGGAGUUCAAUGUAUCGGACCUCUGGCGGAGAUUCCAAUUUCAGCCAUGGAAAACACCUUCAACACCAAUGUGUUCGGUUCCAUGAGGAUGACUCAAGCUGUUGUACCUCACAUGGCGUUUAAGAAGAAGGGAAAGAUUGUGAACAUAGGAAGUAUCAGCAUAAUGGCACCAGGACCAUGGGCUGGGGUUUACACUGCAUCGAAAGCUGCUCUUCAUGCUCUUACCGACACAUUAAGGUUGGAGCUUAGGCCAUUUGGGAUUGAUGUAAUCAACAUUGUCCCAGGAGGCAUUCAAUCGAACAUAGCCGAGUCGGGGAUUGCGAGCUUCAACAAGUUGCCUGAACUGAAACUAUACAAACCGUUCCAAGAAGCUAUCCGUGAGAGGGCGUUCUUGUCGCAAAAUAUAAAGCCGAUACCUGCAGAGACAUUUGCGAAACAGACUGUGUCGGUGGUGCUGAAGAAAAACCCACCGGCUUGGUUCUCUACGGGAAGGUUAUCCACGGUUAUGGCGAUCAUGCACCAUAUGCCCAUCUUCAUCAAAGAUUUUCUCCUGACUAAGAGCUUUAUGAAGAAAGGACCAAAAGUUGGGUAAUAGAAUGUGUUUGAAUGUAAUCCAACAAGUAAAAAUGUUGCAUAACCCACAUUUUAUGGAAACAAGCUGAAUACAAGCUACAUAAAUUUUAUGUGAUUUGUAAUGGACCCAUAAGCCCAACACAGCCUAUAUUGAGACUUCAUUAUGGAUCUUAUCUUAAGCUAGCUAACCCAGGUAAUAAAUCUAUCUAAAGCUUCAUAAAGCUAAGAAUGAGGUGGAGGUCCAUAUUUUCCAUAAUGGUUGUGUUGUGUUGUGAAACAAUUUAC